AUGGCGGACACCGAAAGCCCCCUGGCGCGCGACACGAUUAUGGGUGACGAUGGAAUUAUAGAUCAAGAGAAGAUACAAGAUGCGAAGCCAAAAUACAAAUCAUUCAGGAACCAAGAGAACACCUCUGACAUGCCGUCAAACAGGAAGAAGUUCCGCAAGAUGAUGCACGUUUUCGAUGAGAAGAUGCAUCACAGCAAUUCGUUAUACAUGCGGGAGCAUCAAGCUGAAGUGAAGGCUAAAAAGCUCGCACAAGAUAAUGAUCGACUCCUAGAUCUGCUACUCGAUAUCAACGACUCAGCACAAAUCGCCGCUGACAAACGCUUCGACCUCAGCGCCAGCACACCAGCUCUCUCAGCCGUUCCACCCUUAGUUAGCGACGAUGACCUCGCCGCACUCUCAAUACUCCAAUCCCCCAAGGGCCAACGACUCGCGGAGGAAAUCCAGGUCAUGGUCAAAGAUAAAGAAACUGCGAAACGGCAUUCCAUACAAAGCGGCCUCAAACCACCAAGACCCCUCUCCCAUCUCAUGGCCACAGUUCCCCACCUCACAACUGCCAGCCCGAACGUCUCUUCCGACCUCCUAUCCUCCCUCGAAACCCCCGAAGGUCAUGAAGCGCCGUUCUCCUACCUUACACCCGACCAACUUGAUGAAUAUAUAGAAGAAAUCGAUGCUCAGAUCGGGAAUGGACCACCUGUGCCACGCAAGAAGGACCAGCCGGAUGUUCAGCUCCGAAACCCGAAUAGCGCGUAUAAUUGGUUGCGCAAACACAGACCGGACUGCUUCCUUCAAGAUGGCGAAGGUAGCGAGAAAGCACACGGGAAGCCAGGCGCGUUGCGUGGCGCAGGAAAAAGAGCGAGUCUUCCAGUACCAAGUAAGCCCGAUGCGCUAGAAUUCGUGGAGGAGGAUGGGAUGGGGUAUGAUGCUUCGUUAGCGGGGCCUGGCACAGGAGGCAAGGGCAAGCGUAAAAGGGAAGAUGGUGAUGAUGGGGCGUAUCAUCCGAAGAGUGGAAGGGUUGAUGAAUCGGGUGCGAAAGUCAAGAAGCCGAGACAGGCGAGAAAGAAGAAGAGUGAAGGGUCUGAUGAAGUACCGAAUCCUAAGGGAUCGAGGAAGAGUAAAAAGGCAAGGGCCUCCAGCUCAGGUAUUCCUGAAGAGCCUUCUGAGCUUGCGCCUGCUUAG